ACAAAACGGGGUCGACUUCCUAUGAAGUGAGCACACGGAGGUGAGCACACGCACCGCAGGAGCAGACGGAAUUUAGCAGACGGUACAGUCAUGCAGAAGUAGCGAUUCGCGCUAUGCUAAAACACUUUAUAAGAAUCAACUAACGCAUCUAUUUUUUCUGGAGAUUCGAUUCGCUUUGUUUCUUUUCGCGGAUCAAGCUGACAUACGGUUGGCAAGUAAUAUCGUCUGCUGCAGGGGCUGUUGCUCCGCGCCGCCUGGUAGGCCUAGUCGUCAGGAAGAACAGAACGCCUAUAGACGUGCCACCUGAGUACUAAAUGUCGAAAUACAUGUCGCUGCAGCUCGCGCGAGGUGCGCUCCAACCGCCCUCCGCACCCAAUGUCCCCGAUAGGUACACCAUCAUUCUGAAAAUCGAGGCGAUCGUCCUCUCGGUGAUCAGGCAGAUCGCGAACGACGAACCACCAUGCUUUGUGUACGAUCGCCGACAGGACUGGGAUAGCGUCGUCUACUGCCACCGCAGAGGACUCGUUCGCAAAGACAAUUCCGCGAAGACGGUUACUUCUUUCGGCUCGGCGUCGUCGAUUCGAAAGUUCGCGCUCAUGCUCAAGGUGCUCUCCAAGAUUCACUACCUGCUGCUGACAAACACCAAGAGCACCAAGCGCCAGAUUUUCUACGAGGACGUGUCCCUGUUCGGCUCUCAGACGAUCGUGGACGCCAUUGUGGAGGAUAUCGCCUGUAUGCUACAGGUCCCGCGCCGUUGCCUCAACAUCCUGGCCACUUCAAAAGGUGUCUUCGCCGGUGACAUCCGGUUCCGCGACGCCAGCGGGAACCUCGUGGACGGCUCAGUCGCGGCCACGCUCAUGCCAACCGAUGUGAGCGGCAUCAGCGAGCUUGCUUCAUCCGCCUCCUGCAUACUGGUCGUCGAGAAGGACGCCAGCUUCCAGAAGAUCCUGGACGACGGCUUCCUCAACGCUUCGUGCUCAUCGGGUCGCUGCGUGCUCGUCACGGGCAAGGGCUUCCCGGACGUCAACACGCGGGAGUUCGUGCGACGCCUGCACGUCGAGCUGCAGCUGCCCGUCUACGCCCUAGUGGACGCCGACCCGUACGGCAUCGAGAUCCUGUGCGUCUACGCCUACGGCUCGCUGGCGAUGGCGAGCGAGACGGACUCGCUGGCGGUGCCCGGGAUACGCUGGCUGGGCGUCCACCCUUCGGACAUCGAGAAGUUUCGGCUCAGAGACUGCCCUCCGCUGAGCCAUGGCGACAAGUCCAAGCUGAGGGACCUGCUGUCCCGGCCGUACGUGGACGCCAACCGCGAGUGGAAGAAGCAGCUGCUGCUGCUGGACUCGAUGCAGCGCAAGGCCGAGAUUCAGAGCCUGUGCGGCAUUGGACAGCACUUCUUGACCGAGUCGUACAUACCAGCCAAGAUCAGACUCGGAGGCUGGAUAUGACUUUCGGGGCGACAGUACAUGUAGCCUUAUACGCUCAGGUGAACCAAGUUCUUCACUGAGUCUUCGUUGUGCUUUCUGAUUCAUAUGUCUUUCUUUUCGA